AUGGCCGUCGAUUUUACGCCGCCACAUACCCUCUCUCCUCAAGGCUCUAAGGCCCAAGUGCCUCGCGAUAAGGUGACAGCAAUUCCGGGCGUGGCACUUGUCAACAGAGGCACUGGCACGGAAAUUAGGAGCCAUUCACAUGUGUAUGGAAACAAAAAGGGGACUGUGGUGGGCGAGCAUGGGGUGGAAUUAGACAGAAACAACUGGUUGUCUGCCUCGAACCUCUCCUGUAACAAGAAUCCACGGCAGAAUGUCUUAAUUUCGACGAAUGCUUCGUUUGCAGAAAUUGCAAUCCCUUUCCUUAAGAAAAUCUCGGAUGUUGAAAUUCGGGUGAUAUCAGAAGACGUCCUGGACUUUGCCCAGGGUACAUGCUAUUUAAAUACACCAAUCUCCGCACAACCUGGUUCGAAGUUGAGUUCACUUCCUUGGCUGGAUUCAACAGCAACUGAGCUGAUCGAGUGGGCUGAUGUGCUAAUUGUCAACCCUAUUGAUGCGGGAACUCUCGGGGCAAUGGUUGCAGGCCUCACCACAAGCCUCACAUUGACAGUUCUGCGUGGUUGGGAUAUUACAAAAACGGUGCUACUGGUGCCCAGAAUGACCACAUCAGAGUGGCAAUCCCCGAUAACUAAACGGCAGCUUAGUGACCUGGCUACUUUUUGGCCAUGGGUAAAAGUACUUCCACCAACUUUAUCAAAAUUUGAAAUUCCUAUUGGACUCGUGGAGAUUCCCUGGGAUGGCUGGACUGCAUUUAGGCGCGAAAUUGGAAAAUGCCUUGCACCCUCGUUUCUUUCCAGCACCAUGCAGGAGGACGAUAAGUUAGCCAACGAUGUUGCCAGCGGGAUAGUAUCAACACCCCUGGCUAUAUCAAAUAAUCUACACGAAAAGAGAGAGCAGGUAACGAAUAACGAGACGUAUCAGAAUGGAAUCAACAAAGUUCUCACCAGCGCCAUCCGCAAGGAGAAACCCAUUCUUCCCCCGGAAUUAUUGACGAUGAUUUUCGAGAUGCUUGAUGAUUGGGAAACAGCAAUGUCAGUUGGAGUAUAUGCUAAAAUUCCUGUUCCCGAAAAAUGGAGACCGUGUAUCCCUAGCCCCGGGUCACCUGCUACAUUCGAGUAUAUUGUGCUUCGAGGUUCGAUAAAAGAGAUUGAACAGCAGCUGUCUGCCAUUCCACCCCGCAAACCGCUGUCCAGAAUUGUCACCGACCUAAUCCUUAAAUUUUCUCGCACGGAUAUCCUCGACACUAUCUGCAAAUCACGAAUGGAUCUCUACUUAGCGACGCCUCAGCUCAGAAAUCUACCUUUAUCGGCAUCGUCCAGGUUUGGUAGCACAUCCAUCCUUACUUGGUGGCAAAAUUGCUCUACCCUACCUGCGCUCCCGAUAAAAGACUACCUCCCUGAAGCUAUCGAUGCAGCAUCACGUGCAGGCUUCGUUAAUGUGCUCGAAUGGUGGCGCCAAUCCGGCCGCCCAUUUCGCUACACCGAGAGGUCCCUUGAGUCAGCUUCCGCGGAAGGUCAGAUCGCGAUCCUCGAUUGGUGGAAAAACGUUUCUAAGAGUGCACCACCUAGCGACCCUAUCCCGCUAAAAGUCGGAAAAUCCGUACUCCUCGCCGCACAAUCUGGACGCACUGAUUCACUUGCUUGGUGGGACAAAUCUGAUAUCCCGUUUAGCCAUGCUGAAUCUGUUACCCGUAUCGCCAGCAACCAUGGCCACGUUCCUGUGCUGGACUUUUGGCACCGGCGGAAACGAGAGAAGCUCAUUUUCGAUAAUCAAGUUCUUGUUGGCGCGACGAAGAAUGGUCAUGUCGAAGUGCUUGAGUGGUGGAAACGGAGUGGUUUGCCCGUUGAGUUCAAAACGUGCGAUAUUGAAGAGGCGCUGGAGGACGCAGUUUCCGGGGCCGAGCAACGUGUACGACGGUGGUGGGCGCGGAAUGGGUUGAAUUUAGGGGUUGGGACGAACGAGUGGAUGAUGGUUAAGACGUUAAAUUCCUGA